UCGAAGGUAAUUAAUAUUGUUAUGAUUCAGACAGGUACGUCAUGUCCGUGUACCUUGACUAGGCGAUUCUUCAGUCUUCGCUCGGAGCUCGUAAUGGGCACAGAUAGUAGUAGCACGGAGUCUUCUCUUCCAGCGUCCUCCGAUGAGGAAUACCCACAUGUAUCCGCCAACGUGUUUAAAUGCCGUCUUGAGAACUUCUUAAGAAAAUGAUGUAUCGUCGCAUGCCGCGGCGACGCGUCAUCGUUUGACAUUCCAAAUUGCGCGAUCUUGGAUCGGGACGAUAAAUUCCUCCGGUAUCGUCGGGCCGAUUAUAAAUUUAUAAUCUGUACAAUCAGUGCUCUCGUCGUGCGCGAUUGUGCCUGCGGAAAAUCUGUACAUGAACGGUAAAUAUAGAGUGAAUUGUGUACGAUGUACCUUGACAUACCUGCAUAUCUUGACUCGCUUAAUGUCUUUCGAAAGUGAACUGAACCGACCAACGCGGGAAUAAUGUGAACCGAAUGCGUAAACAUUCGGAGAAGUAAAUAUUUUUCAUUGUAACUACUGCAUCGCUAUUGCUGCUGUUUAAAAGUAGUCUAAGUUCAGGAUGAACGCUCUCGUCGACGGUGUCCAGCACGAGAAGGCGAAUAUCACGAGAUUAAACUCGAGCUCCUAUGCGCUCAGCGAAAUGGGCGAAGAAGCGCCGAGAGCUAGAUUCAAUAAAUCAACCCAGAGCGAUCUCUCGGCAUGGAAGAGAUCCAGACCGACGUCUCUCGCGUAUUUGUCGUCGACGAAGCAAAUUCAGAUGAGCGAGUCGAGCUUCUCCACGCAUAGCUCGAGGAGUACUCUAUAUCCGGUCCAAAGUGAAUUGGUCUUAUCGUCUAGAAAUAGAUACAACAACAACAACAGAUAUGUAUCUCUAGACAUGAGAUCGAUCAAUAGCCUCCCGUAUCAAUCCUCGAGCAAUCAUAUCUUGGGUAGUAACAAUACGCCGUACACGUGUUGCUGUACGUGUCCGCAGAUCCCGCCCCUGACGCCAUCCUCGCAACAAACCGGCGAGCAAGACGGGCCCGAGAGUCUCUCGUGGAGGAGACUCCACAUGAGCAGAGCUAAAUUGAAAGCAACUGCAACCACAUCCGAGCUUCUUAGUGGAUUCGCAAUGGUGGCGAUGGUGGAACUGCAAAUCAACGAGCCGACAGCGGUGCCGGAAUGGCUAUUCGUGAUGUUUGCAGUUUGCACUACUUUUCUGGUAUCGGUGCACAUCUUCGCGUUGAUGAUAAGCACGUAUCUCUUACCCAAUAUCGAGGCCAUAAGUAAGCUCCAAGUGUCGCGUCUUAUAACGGAGUCACCGCACGAAAGAAUGCGUGGUUUCAUCGAAUUGGCCUGGGCAUUUUCCACGAUACUGGGACUGUUCCUCUUCCUAGUAGAGGUGGCUAUUCUCUGUUGGGUCAAGUUCUGGGACUAUUCCUUUACCGCCGCCACUGCCAGCACUGUGAUAAUCAUUCCUGUGCUCAUAGUAUUCGUCGCGUUUGCCGUUCAUUUUUAUCAUUCUCUAGUAGUUUACAAAUGUGAAAGUGCAGUAUCGGAUAUGAAGGAUCUAGAGAGUAUAAAAAGAAACUUGGACAAUGUGACGAUGGCGCAAACUAACGUAUAAACUCCCAAGAUGUGUGAUAUGAUAAUUUAUAACAUAUAUAAUCGAGUAUCCUGAAAAUGAAAGAAGAUACGUUUAAACUUGAAGAUUCCUGGCUCCUCACGGAACAUAUUAAAAUUGUGACGUCAGAAGUGAGAAAACACGCUAAAAAUUCUUAGAUGUCAUUUGAAUCUUAAAAUAUCUCAAAAAUUAUCCUUUUCCUUUUAACCAAUCAACUUUGUAAAAUAACUGUAAUAUGAGACCCAGUCCGUCUGGUUUUUACACAUGUGCAAUUAUUUUGCAUGACACGAUCAUUUUACGGUCUUUUCUGACCGUCAAAAUGACGUCAUUUUGACGUUUAAUGACGUCAGUCUGCUACCUGGGUUGUUGAUUAAUUGUCAAAGAAAAAUAAAUUUUUAAAAGUGUGCUAAAACUAUCUGAAAUAAUGUUUCAUUGAAAUAUCUUUUUAUUUAAAAAUGGCAUUAAAAAUUUCCAGCGCGUGCUUUCUCGCCUCUGACGUCACAAUCCAACGUAGCCGCACUGUGAAUCCAAGAGCCUUAAAAAUGAUGAGUAAAAAUUAUAUUUUGUAACUUCGAUAUAUACAAAUCGAUCGCGGAUGAAUACUCGGGUUAAUAAUGGAAAUUGUUAUUCAAUUCAGAAAAAACACGAUAUUUUUAAUGCGAGAAUGGUGUAAGAAAAAACACAUAAAUUUGUUAUCAAUAACUUUUACUUUUCAAACGCGACCACAUACGAAAAUGGUCAAGUUUUAUUAUAUAUAAAAAAUGUACAUUAGCUGUACACAUGCAAGUCAAGAAUUGCAACAGUACAAGCAAGUGCUUUUUUAGUAUGUUACCUAUAAUAUCCAGCAUUUAAUAAUAUUCUGUGUGUAUAUACGGUUUAA